GUACAAUGGACAUUGUAUUGUACGGUUGCAUUGUAACCACAUCUCGUGUUCAUCUCAGCAAACAGUUACACAUUUUAUCACCAAUUCUUCAAGAUACUUAUUAGACGGAGGGAUCAACUCUUAAACACCACUUCAGACAUGCUAUCAGUCCUUCGAAAGACAGCUCUCUGUGGCCACUCUUCAGCCAAACUAUUCACUCACACAUUUAGCAGACCAUCCAAUGGGACAUCCCUGCAGACCAUUAUGGUGCGACUCAUAGGCAACACUAAGGGCAACACUAAACUCAAGAAACAGACACUACUGGAGCGCCUGCUGUCACCCACAACUGAUCCACCAUUCAUUAUCGGACGCGGAGUUGUGGCCGGAAGUGCUAUCAUUGGGAUCGUCGCUCUCUGUUACUAUGGACUCGUGAUAAGCCAUUCCGCGAGCAUUUACAAAGAGUCC